AUGAAGGUAGCAUCUUCAGCCGCCCUAGCAACUCUCACCGUUUCGGUGCAGGAAAUCAAUGCCGAUCCAUUGCUCCAACUGAUCGUAAAAGUAGCAUCUCCAUUGCAACUGACUGUCAACAAGUCAAAAAAGGCGACUCUUUCUUUGGAGUUGGUCUCCGGUACCAAACUUGCGCAGCGCAAUGCCAUCGUGCGCUGCUUGUGUGGGAUGGGGCUUCACAAUGCUCUUGAUGGAUCUCCUAGUGCUCUUUUGGGAGGACAUUCUGCGGUCGUCCACUCUUCGCCAUCGCACAGCAUAGCUAUUGCAUCCAUCACCAGCUGGAUGAGCGUUGCCGAUCAUUCCAAAACUGAAUCUUCCCUCGAUUCUCUCUUAAAGCAGGUCGAUGCCCAUUUGGAAACUAGGGCAUUCCUCAUACCAAGUGCGUCGAUGACCGUGGCUGAUAUUGAUAUGGCGGCUUUGUUCUUGAAAAAGUGCACUGCUGAUGAACUCAGUUCCUACGCGAAUGUCCAACGCUGGUUGAGGGUUGUCUCUGCUGGCUUGUCGAAGCACGACAUUAAGUUGCCUGACAAGUUGGCUACAGUCCCAGCUCUGAGUCCCCCAAUUUUCUUCUACGGAACAGAAGAGGUUGAAAUGCCAAAGAAGUCUAGAGCUCCGCAAGGCAAUGCGAACAAAGGAAACCAAGCAAAUACUGGAAAUCAAGGACAAAGGCAAGCCAAAAAGCAACAACAAAAGCAGCCUCAGCAGAACCAAAAGAAGCAGCAGCAGCAACAACAACAAGCUUCGACGUUUGAUGUUAGUGCAUUGGAUAUUCGUGUUGGCAAGAUCCUAAAGGUGUGGCCUCAUCCAGAUGCAGAAAAGCUGUUCUGUGAAGAGAUUGACGUAGGCGAGGAAAAGCCCCGUCAGAUUGCAUCUGGACUGCGUCCUUUCUACAAGGACGAAGAGCUACUUAAUCGCCGAGUGGUUGUUUUAUGCAACUUGAAGAGCAGGAAGCUUGUUGGUUUCCCAUCACAUGGAAUGGUGCUAUGCGCGUCAAAUGCUGACCACACAAAUGUUGAGACCAUGGAACCUCCAGCCAAUGCAAAGAUUGGAGAGCGUUUAGAAUUUGAGGGCAUCAGUGGUGAUCCUGAACCAGAGAAUAAAGUUGCAAAGAAAAAGAUCUUCGAAUCUGUUGCUCCUGACCUCAAGACGAACUCUGAAGGAGUUUGUGAAUGGAAGGGCGCAAUGAGUAAGACCUCGGAUGGUCCCAUCAAGGCCAGCAAGGGAAUGCCACAUGCUCAAGUUGCUUGA